UCUUGGUGGGGUGGUGGGGUCCGUCAUGACUUCCCCUGAAACAUCGUGACUUGAAUGUUGCAAUCCCGCUAAUAAGCAAGUAAUUGCGCUUUUAAAUUAAGACUAAUUAAUCUCGUCGUUAUGAAAAUCCAGAAACUACCUAGGUAUUAUCUAGGUAGUCUGCUCUACCCUAGUCAUGGCCACAAAUAUCCCGAAAAAUGAUGGGUUACAAGAUGUAUUUAGCGCUUCAAGAGAUGGGGAAAUACUAUACAACUACCACCAAUUACACAUGCCACUCGACAAUGACGUAGACGCUGUCUUCUGUCUGUGUAGCCUUGAUCCACGCGUGGCAGAGCGCGCUGCUCAGCUCUUUCUUGAUGGUUACGGUCAUUAUCUCAUAUUUGCCGGUGGAGUUGGGAGGCUCACACAAGGCCGUUAUGAUAAACCAGAGGCCGAAGUCUUCGCUGAUAUAGCGCUGAAGAUGGGUGUUCCUGAGGACAAGCUCCUUGUAGAGCCUUUCUCAACGAACACCGGCGAGAACAUUCGCUUCACGUACGCGCUACUCCAAGAAAAGGGCCUCCAUCUGAAGUCUUUCUUGCUUGUUCAGAAACCAUAUAUGGAAAGACGGACAUAUGCGACCUUCAAGAAGCAAUGGCCAGAUUCUAACACAAAAAUCACCGUCACGUCGCCUCAGUUCAAAUGGAGUGAAUAUCCAGAUAAGAACAAUCCGGAAGAUCUAGUUAUCAACAUUGCCGUCGGCGACUUGAUCCGUAUACGGGAAUAUCCGCUGAAGGGCUUCCAGAUUCCUCAAGAUAUCCCCGAUGAUGUCUGGGAAGCAGGUCAAAGACUUAUACGUGCUGGUUAUAACACUCAUCUCCCUUGAAUGAUAUAUACUACCUAGUUGAUUAAUACGACCCUAUUAGCCAUUUGGCCACAUCAAUCUCUUCACUAUUGAAGCCUAUGCAAGUAAUAGAAGCUAAAACAUUUAACAGAUAACAU